CAGAGUGGGCAGCAAGUAACUUACUCAUCCCUUCGUGGGCCAUGUACCUUAGAAGAAUUAUUCAGUCCGUUCCCUGCAAGCCCUGCCCUUUGCCGGCAAAGUUACUCCCAACGGCAGAUCUGGUUGAGGAAGAGCACACACCCCAUUAUACAUAAGCCUCAGCACUUUUAUCCUGUACGUCUUUAUGAGAUACUCAACAACCGAUACCAAAUCGCCGCCAAAAUAGGCUGGGGAACAAGUUCAACGGUAUGGCUAGCACGCGAUCUCCACCAGUGGCGAUGGCUUCCGCCCCGAUAUGUGGCCAUCAAAGUUAACACAAACAAUUAUGUAUCUCAACGAUCUGCGGAGGAGGAGCUGCGUAUUUCUGAGCAUAUAACCAAAGCAAACCCCCAGCAUCCAGGCCGCAACUUUGUCGCCACCUUGUUAGACUCGUUUCGUGUUGAUAGCCCGGGCGGCACUCAUAUUUGCAUGGUCUUCGAUGCGCUUUGUGAACCACUAUGGAUGCUGAACCGUCGUUUCGAAGGAAACACCAUCCCUCUCGGCGUCUUGAAACCGGUAUCUAAACUCAUACUAGAAGGACUGCGGUACCUCCACACCGAAUGCCACGUUAUUCACACAGAUCUCAAGUCCGAUAACAUCUUACUGGCCCUACGCAACCCAUCUAUCCUCGACUCGGUCGCGCAAGAUGAGAUGAACGAUCCCUCUCCACGGAAACAACUGGACGGUCGGGACAUAUACCUAUCCCGAAAUUACUGGGGACUGUCGCCCGACCAACUGGGUAGAUCGGUAAUAACUGACUUUGGGCUUGCCGUGCGUGGUGACGGUCCCCCGAACAGCCACCCCAUCCAGCCAGAGGGAUAUCGGGCGCCGGAAGUUUGUCUCGGGGGCGAGUGGAGCUACAGUGCUGACAUUUGGAACUUGGGAGCUAUGCUUUGGGACCUGUUCUGUGGCCGCGGACCCUUCGACACACCGCCGAACUCGCGCGGUUCAGGCUCAGCAGACGAAGCUCAUCUAGGCCAGAUCAUUUCCCUCCUGGGGCCCCCUCCACCUGAUCUUCUCCGCCGCGGAAAAGAAACAUCUCGGUAUUUUGACGCUAAAGGACAAUUCAAAUUCCCCGAGCUCAUCGGAAAAAAGGACCUGGUGUCUAUGGCUAAAGAAAUUGAUUAUGAUGACGGAAUGCCCCAGUUUGUUGACUUUAUUUCUAGAAUGCUGCGCUGGAGGCCCGAGGACCGGACCACGGCGGAGGACUUGAUUUCCCAUCCGUGGCUUCCGCAAGCGAGACCUGCGAAUGGCUGAGAAGGGGGUUAUCUGUACAGUAAAUAGAUAGAUCUUCGCUCGAGAAACCUGACUGUUCAGGCGUUUCUUUCCGUA